GAGUGGACAGGCAGUCUCACUCAUCUUCUUCGCCAGUCAGUCACUUCUGUAAAAUUCUGUGUUUGUGCUUUUAUUUUGUGCUAUAUUUAUUGAAAAAAUUGAUUCCCGUAAACAUUUUCCCGUGAAUACAACAACCAAGCCCUUGCGGAAUGGCCAUGGCAGACGAUCUCUGGCGGGAGUGCGCCGCCUGGCUCACUCGGUGCAAAAUCAUCCCAGCGGAUCACAAAGCGAACCAAUCGGACUCGGAGAUCAAAACCCUGGCUGCAAUCCUGCGGGAUGGCGUUCUGCUGUGCAAUCUGCUGAACUUUUUGGACUCCAGUGCAUUCGAGGCCCGAGAUUUCAACCGGAAGCCACAAAUGGCCCAUUUUUUAUGCAUUCAAAACAUCAAGCUGUUUUUGGAAAUAUGCAAAACCAAUUUCGGCCUUAAGGAUUCGGAUCUGUUCGAUCCCACCAUGCUGUAUGAUCUCACUAACUUCCAUCGUGUGCUAAUAACCUUGUCAAAGCUUUCCCAGUCCCGUAAAGCCCAGUUGGCGCAUAAUAUAGUCGGCUUCAACUAUCAAAUAUCACAGUCGGAUAAGAGUCACUCUGAUGAAGACAUCUAUAAAGAUUUACACGGAUCAUCUAACAUUUAUACUACUACUAAAACGGAAGUUAGGGAUGUAGUCGAAUCGAAUAACGUUAACCAAUUUUACGGAGUGACUUGGACUACAGAUCAUCAUUCCUGCUUUGAUUACGAAGCCAGGGAUAUCUACGAUAACAUCGCCAAUGAUGGCGAGAAAAUUUAUGAAGACCUAUGCUAUGUCACUUUCUCUUCAACCACUACACCGCAGUUUGCAUCGACAGCUAGUUUCGAGCAGAGAGAUUUCGUCAUUAAAGAACUAGUCGACACGGAAACCAACUAUCUAGAUGCAUUAAUGGCCCUAAAAUACAAAUUUAUGCAACCGCUGGAAAGGGCGCUAACGAAAGAGGUGCUACGUAUAAUAUUCCCCUGUAUAAAAGAGCUAGUGGACAUCCACGAAAAAUUCCUGGCCAAACUGAAGGAAGCGGUGGCCGUGGAUUCCAAGUUGAAACUUAGUGUAGUGUUUUUAGAAUUUCGAGAACCGUUUCUCAUCUACGGAGAUUAUUGUUCCAGUAUGACCAACGCUACCGAUAUGCUUCGAGAAGUGUGCAAGAAGUCGUCGAAUGUUGAGCAAAUUGUUAACCAAAGUCAAAAAGAGCACAGUGAUGGUCGAUUGCAACUACGUGACAUAUUAUCUGUUCCUAUGCAGAGAAUCUUGAAAUAUCACCUUCUAUUAGAUAAAUUAGUACAAGAAACAAGUCCGUCACACGAAGAUUUCCGUGGCCUUGAACGAGCCAAAGAGGCAAUGGUAGAUGUAGCACAGUAUUCCAACGAAGUUAAACGAGAUUCGGAACACCUGGUUGUUAUACAAAAGGUUAAAGAAAGUAUUUUAGAUUUGAACCUUCCGAAUGGAAACAAUCUCGAACAGUAUGGUAGGCUAUUGUUAGAUGGUGAUUUAAAUAUAAAAGCCCACGAGGAUCAGAAAACUAAACAUCGAUAUGCCUUUGUGUUUGAAAAGGUGAUGAUAUUAGUGAAAAAUUCGAAUACAAAAAUCGGGGAAGGGCAAUAUGUGUUUCGGGAGGCACAUAAUCUACAAGACUACCGUGUCGAGAUCUGCCACUCCCGACGGACUUUGGGUCGGGACGGUAGACUGAAGUAUUCCUUACUAUUAGCGAGAAAGACCCAAUCGACAGCAUUUACUUUAUACAUGAAAACCGAAGAAGAGCGGGAUAAAUGGAAAAGGGCCUUCGAUAUAGCCAUGGAAGUCAUAGAUCCAAUAGGGUGUCGAAAUACGGAUCAUAGAUUCAACGUAUGCACCUUCGACGCACCCAUUAUCUGCAGGCAUUGCUCGAAAUUUCUGAAAGGAAAAAUUCACCAAGGUUACCGCUGCAAAAGUUGCGAAAUAGUAGUGCACAAAGGCUGCAUAUCGUCAACGGGCCGGUGCAAACAGAACCAGUCUCCGCCGCCGGUGUGCGAUCGAUUACUGUCGGAGUUCAACUGGUUCGUUGGGGCGAUGGAUCGAGACACGGCUACCAAUAAGUUAGAGAAGAAAAAAGUUGGCACCUAUUUAUUACGUGUCCGUCCUCAAGGAGCAUCGAAUUCUUAUGAGACAAUUUACGCGUUAAGUUUAAAAACCGAUAACAAAAUUAUAAAACACAUGAAAAUUUAUCAAAAGCAAGAAAAUUUUAGCGUGUUGUAUUACCUGUCGACUCGAAGGCAUUUUAAAACUAUUGUGGAGCUAGUAUCUUUCUAUGAACGAAACGAUUUGGGUGAAAAUUUUGCUGGCCUAAACCAAUCGCUACAAUGGCCUUUCAAAGAAGUUAUAGCGACGGCCUUGUACGACUUUUCCCCGAAUGAACCCAACCAAUUGCCGCUGCGGCAGGGCUGCCAAGUAAUUGUUAUAGGAAAGGAAGGCGACAGUAAAGGAUGGUGGCGGGGAAAAACGUUAGAAAAGGUUGGAUUUUUCCCCAAGGAAUAUGUACGCGAAAACCAAACGAUUUCGGACGAUCAAUGACAUUACGACUACUUCGUUUACAUCGAACCGCAUGCGACAAAACGCAGGAAUCUCUAAAAAUGGAACUUAUCUGGAAAAUCUAUAACUACCUUGUUGUUACUGUUAUGCUUUAUUGUUUAAUGGUAGGGAAGAAAGCCUAGGAAUAGUGUGUUAAGAUCUAUGUACAUUAGUGCUGGAUGUAUCGCUAUAGUUUAUUUCAUUAAUUUAAAAUUACUGACAUUCAAGAGAGACUUAAUAGUUUCGAUGCCAAAUUUUCUAUAUAUAUUUAAGCUAUAAAAUAUAUAUACAACCAAAUUACUUAAAAAUUACAAUUUAUCGAUAGAUAUCACCAUCCAUGAUUUUGUUCAACCUCAUUAGAAAGCGUCUAUAAAUUACGUUAAUAAAAAAAUGUCCAUUUUCAA